AUGCAGUCCCGCCAGCUGCAGGGACCGGAAAAGCUCCAGCAGGUCACACAACUGCUGGAGACGCUCAACAAAGAUCUCCGCGACAAGACCCUUUCCUCGGCGCAGCGGGUUCAGAUCCUUCAGCAGCUCCGUCAGCACGGGACGAGCCCCGAGAACGCCGGCCCUAUCUAUUGCAAGAAUGGUAUCGAGACGUUAAUGCGGUAUGGUGUGGAUGGCGAGAACGCCGACAUACGGCGCACAGCAUUGCGGUGUGUCGCAAAUGCGCUUCUGCUAGAUGCGAAGAUGCGCCAAGUUUUUGUAGACACUGGAUACGGUGGGAAGCUUGCGGAGCGUCUGAAGGUCGAUAACUCGGAAGAUGAAAUGGUCGCCAGCAGGAUCCUGUUCUUUGCAACCUACGAUACCACGAUGAACUAUGACGAUCUGAUCAACAAACAUUCUCUAGGGGAUAAUAUCAACUACCAAUUAAGCCGGCACGCCAAACAGUUCCCCAAAUCAGGAAGAACGCCAUUGACACAGAUCGACGAACUGGCCCUGAUAGAUUCCCUCAAGCUGAUUUUUAACAUUUCCAAAAUCUACCCUGACCUCGCGGUUACCUUCUCUCCGUCCAUCCCGCACGUCCUGAAGAUCAUCAGUCGCGUCGACAUUCCCGAGAAGCCCUUGGAUGGGCUGGUGGGAUACUUGAUCAACUGUCUCUCGGUCCUCGAUUUAGAACAGAAGAAGGGCAGCCACUUUGAGAGCAACCCUCUGUUCCCCAAAUUCAACACGAACUGCAACGUCGAUAAGUUGAUCAAUAUCCUGGACCAGGCUGUGUCGGUCUAUGCCCCAGAAGAACUGGAAGUCAAAGCCAUCCCCCUCCUACAUUCCCUCAUCGUCGUCCACGAACAGGCACCUGAUGGGCCCCGCAAGUACAUGCAGUGGCUGCUUCUGCCGGACGAUAACGACCGAAGUCUGCCCAUUGGACAGACCGACACCCUGUCAUCACGACUGUUGAAGCUGUCGACAACCCCUUACCAGAAUCUUAAGAUUGCCAUCUCGGACCUGAUGUUUGUGCUGUCCGGAAAGGACGCGGAGAACAUGACAAAGCGGAUUGGAUAUGGUUUCGCCGCUGGAUUCCUGGCAUCCCGCGGCAUGGAGAUUCCGCAGACAGCCGGGGAAGCCUUUGCGACGAACCCGACAAACGGGAACGACCUCAACUCAGGAAUCAAUCCGGUCACUGGACAGCGGCUUGCCGCCGAACCGGAGGAUACUGGCCCGCCGAUGACAGAGGAGGAGAAGGAGCGAGAGGCCGAAAGGCUCUUUGUGCUUUUUGAGAGGGCGCGAGCGAAUGGCCUCAUCACGGCUGAAAAUCCGGUGGCCCAGGCUCUUCGCGAAGGAAGAUUUGAGGAGUUGCCAGAUGAUGCUGACAGUGACUGA